AUGGACCAUUGGGACCCAGCUCUCAUAAACCCCAUCGCGGCCAAGCGCCCCAUCAUCACCAUUGACAACGCAGGCGUAGGGCGCUCAGAGGGCGAAGUCCCCAAGCAGUACAAGCAAUGGGCACAAUACUACAUCAACGUCCUCCGCGCGCUCGACGUGAACAAGACUGAUGUAAUGGGCUUCUCUAUGGGCGGCUGUGUUGCUCAGCUAGUCGCCCUCAACGGAAAGGAUCUCGUUCGUCGGCUUAUCCUCUGUGGAACUAUGCCCAGCACAGGCGAAGGUGUAGUACCAGCGCCUUCUCUGAAGGCCUUCAAUGCUCUCAGCGCUGCCAAGACGGAGGAAGAGCACAAGGAAGCUUUUCUUAUGAGCAUGUUUAACACUUCUGACAAGAGCAGGGCUGCGGGUGAGGCUGCAUGGGAGAGAAUCACUACUGCACGAAAGGAUAGGACGGAUCAUGUUGAUCCCGCGAAUGCUCGUCUGCAGGGAAUUGCUUUUGCAAAGUUCAUGGAUCCGAAGCAGGCUAAGGAUGCGUCUUAUGAUCGAUUGGAAGAGCUUCGUAUACCUGUGCUGAUUGCAAAUGGAAGUGAAGAUCUUCUGUUGCCUACAGAAAACAGCAUCGUGAUAUGGAAGAAGCUGAAGAAUGCCCAGGCGCAACUACACUUGUACCCUGAUUCUGGACAUGGCUUCCUGUAUCAGUACGCGGAUGAAUUUUCCAAGUUGAUCAACGUUUUCUUGGGUGAUGAGUCCAAGGUAUCAAGCCGUCUUUAG